AUGAAAGCGCUUAGAUUUGGACUGAGCCUUAUUCGACAUGGGGAAACGCAGUACAAUAAAGAAGGCCUGCUACAAGGCCAGGCUAUAGAUUCUUCUCUGUCUGAUAUUGGGCUGCAGCAGGCUGAGGCAGCAGGCUGUUACCUUAAAGAUGUUGAGUUCAGCAACGUGUUUGUCAGUGAUAUGCUGCGGGCCAAGCAGACUGCUGAAACAAUAAUGAAACACAACCGUAGUUGUUCUGGUCUACAAAUGGUGUGUGACCCUUUACUUAAAGAGAAAAGCUUUGGGAUAGCAGAGGGGCGGCGGGUGCAGGAAGUGAGAGAGAUGGCCAAGGCCGCCGGUCAGUCGUUUCCAGACUUCACCCCUCCAAAGGGGGAGACUCAGGAGCAGGUCAAAGAGCGAGUCAAAGAGUUUUGGGAGAAAAUUCUCCAGCAAAUUGGGGCCGAACACUGGCACACCAGAGGGGAGGAUGAGACGACCUUAUCUGCUUCAUCAGAAACAUCUCCUGUGGAGGGGAAGGCAGACGAUGGGGUCAGGGGAGUCCCGGUCCACGCUUUGGUCGUCACCCACGGGGCCUACAUGUGCGUGGCUCUGCGUUUCUUUGUGGAAGAGUUACAUUGCUCCUUGCCUCCGGGUUCUGACAAAGCACACAUGUUCGCUUUAAGUCCUAACACAGGAAUGUGUCGGUUUUUACUUACCAUGAGGAAAGAGGACGACAAGUUCGAAUUAGUAGGGAUGCGCUGUGUGUUCGUCCACAGAGGGGACCAUGUUAAAAAAUAGGAGCUUAAAUGAAAAGAGGGUUUUGAGAAAAGUAAGAGACAACUGAGUGACGGUGGAGGAGGAAAGUGACACGUUUAGUGUGGAAAAGCUCCAGAGACUCAACACUGAGAGUUAAGAAUUGAUCUAGUUGUUUGAAACAAGCUUGUUUUUUAAAUGUAAUUAAGAAAAAAAAAUCUAAGGUCAAGUAUUCAAGUGCUAUUGAUUGUAUAUUUUACCGGAAGCAGUAUCCUAAAACCACAUUAUAUUAUACUUGAAUUAAUUGAAUUCAGAAAUGUAGUUUAAAGUCACCAAUAUUUGAAACAGUGGUCCACAACAAAAUGUGAUUUUCAGGGUAUAAAAUGCUGAAUCAUCGAGCUGAGCACCUUUUGUUGCAGGGCAGUGUCAUCAUUUGUCUGGCUGUUCAUUACUGUAAAUGUGGGCAGGUUGCUGCGCUAAUGAGUCCAUGUUUCUAUAUUAAGCCUCCGGAAGUUCAUAGAUCCUACGUAAGAACACAAAAUAAACCGCAACAGUGUUGACUUUUGGCAAAUCAGUGACUUUUUCAUUGUUGGGAAUUAACACUUGGAUCGACAAGGGCAGAUGAAUAGAGAAACAGUGCAUUCAUGCUGUGUGUUGUACUGUAGCAUGUGGUUUCUCUACUUUUCACGUUGUCUCUGUGAUCCUGUAAUUAAAAAAACACUAGGAAUGCUGUCAGACUUGCGCAUGUUAGUAUAUUUAUUAAGUAAGAAAAUGUAGCUGUUACUUGUUUCUGUAUCAUAG